GUUUUGUUUGUGUUCUACCGCCUUCCGCCAGCAUCCAAACAAAGAGUCCCCGUCAAAAAGUCCACCGAGACGCCUGAUCGUCCGCAAACCCCGGAGUCACCGCCCGAGCAAUGGCCUCAGUCCAGGACAGACUGAAAUUGAAACGAGAGUCCUGCGACACGUGGAGCACACGUGAGCAGUUGUGCCUGGCGUCAAGUGUUCUAAAAUCAGGGGACCAAAACUGGAUAUCAGUGUCGAGGUCCCUGCGACCGUUCGCCGAGAAGGAGGCCCUGCGCCCCCCGGACUGGUUCUCCCAAAAGUCCUGUGCAAUUCAGUACGCAAUUCUCCUGGAGAACGCAGACACCCCAAAGCGAAAGAAACGAGAGAGUGGAGAGACAACGAGCGAGUCGAUAGUUCGUCGACUGACGCAGGAGAGGAUAACAGAGCUGGGCCAGAUUCUGGCCUUCCAGAGGGACGAGUACCAGCAGCUGAAGCAAGACGUGAACCUCCUUCGGUCAGGGAACAUCUCAGAUGAAAAGCUCCAGAAGAUGUGGCAGGCAAUCGAGCAGGAGGAGAGGGAGGCAGAGCAGAAGGCGAGAGCGCACACUGCGUGGCUGGCAAAACGUCAGCAGAAGAGCGAGUCGACUCAGGGCUCGUCCAGGAAGGCCCUGGAGGGCCCCGCAGAGGCCCCAGAGCUCCAGGAGCUGCAGCCAGAGACCGACGAGGAGCGAAAGAGCCGAGGGGGACGCUCUCCGCUGCUGACGAGCCUCUUAAAAUCCCCCAGCCCCACUACCCAGAUGCAGAGCGCCCCCUCGACAGCCCAGGCCACGUCCCCAACGAUCGCGAGCCUCCUGGGAGGGAACCCAAAGCCCUCAGCCCCCCAGAUCUCCACGUCAGCUGCCCCCCAGAUCUCAACGUCAGCUGCCCCCCAGCUCCACCACUUCAUCACCUCGACCCUGGCCCCCUCAGUACCUGAAAGACCCUCCGCUGGGGCACCCACACUCUCUAUGCUCCUGGAGCUACCCUCCAAUCUACCCAGGGGGAACAUUUCCAAUCUUCAGGGGCAGAACUCAGGCCCUCAGAACUCGCUGACAGACCCUGGGAGAACAAAAGUCACCAAUCACGUGGCGAGUCCUGUCCCAACGGCUAUUCCAGUGGACGAGAACAUGGUCCAGAUCAUCGAUCACAUUGACGAUGUCAUUGGCAAGGACAAGCUGCCUGAGGUGAUUGAUAAGGACGAGAUCAAUGAGAUUAUCGGGGACAUUGAGGAGCUGAUUAAGGAGGAGAUAACCAAGAGCCCUGGGGAUGGCCCUGGGAUUAUCGAGGCGAUUCCUGAGCCCGUGGGGGAGUGCAAGGCCGAGGGAGAGAGGGAGGUGGCGGUUUCCUCGGGGUCUCCUCGGAGUGAGGUGGUUGGGGAGAUUGAGCAGAGUGGUGCCAGCAUUGCUGAGAUCAUUGGGACCACUGUUGAGGAGGAGAAGGUGGCCGAGGUUGUGGAGAAGACUGGGGAGGAGGGGAUGGAGGUGGAGGAGGUUGAGAAAAGUGAUGAGAGGGAUGAGAAGGUCGAGGAGGCUGCGGAGAGGGUUGAGAAGGGCGAGGAGAAUAAUGAGCCUGAGGAGGGGGGGCGGCAGGAGGGGAGGAAAGAUGAGGAGCCCCCAGUGGCUGAUCCUCAGGGGGAGGGGGAGGAAAAGGGGGAGGGGGAGGAAAAGGUGGAGGAGGAGGAGAAGAAUGAUGAGGAGGAGGAGAAGAGCGCUGAGGAGGCAGACGAGGAGCCUGAGGAGAGUAAGAAGCCUGAGGAGGACAAGACAGGGGAGGAAGAGAAGGAGGAGAAAGAGGAGAAAGAAGAGAAAGACGAGUGUGAUGAGUCGGAGGAGAAGAGAGAGCCGACUGAGGAGAAUGAAGAGCACCCGAAUGAGCCUGAGGAGGAGGGAGAGGAGAAAUCUGGGUCUAGGGAGGAAGCCCCUCGGGAGUCUGAGGAGAAACCUGAUUCGGUGGAGGAGAGCCAAGAGGAGAAGUCUGAGAGGUCUGAGAGGCCUGAGGCUCAGGACGCUGGGGAAGAUACCCCGGGGGCCAACGAGCCUGAGCAAAAUGAAAAGUCCCCCGAUGCUGAAGAACCGAAGGAGUCGGAGGAGCCCAAGGAGACUCGGGAGGAUUGCAAGUCCCCAGACGAGAAGACACGGGAUCUUAAGGAGGAUGAGUCGAAGGAGUCCGGGGAGCAGUCGCCGAAGACUGAUGUGGACGAGGAGCUGGAGGCGCCAGUGCUGCCGAGUGAGCUUGAGGAGCUGCCUCUGGACAAAAGGGAGAAGGAGGAGGACGAGGAGGUGGAGGAGGAGGAGGAGGAGGAGAAGGAGAAGGUGGAGGAGGAGGCGAAGCCUGAGGUGAAGGUCGAGGGGCAGGAGGAGGAGGAGAAGGCGGAGGCUGGGGAUCCUGGAAAGGAGGAGCCGAUGGAGAAGGCAGACAGGCCAGAGGUCGAUGGGAAACCUGAGAAGGAGCCUAAGGGGGAGGACGAGGUUAAGAAGGAAGAGGGGGACGUCAAGAAGGAGGAGACGAGUGCUGCUGACGACACAGACGUCGAGGAAGAGGAGUCCUCGCUGGCGAAGCUGCCAGCUGGGAGGACCAUGAAGACUUACUCCAAGAAGCAGAAUGUCGUGGUCGACAGCGAACCUGAGACUGAGACCAGCGAUACUGCUGAGUACAAAAUUUGGAAGAAGUCGAUACUGCUGCAUUACAGCCGUCUGGCCACUCACAAGUAUGCCUCGCUGUUCCUCAGGCCCAUCACUGAGGAUCAGGCGCCUGGGUAUCACUCGGUUGUGUUCAGGCCCAUGGAUCUGUCCACUAUUAAGAAGAAUAUCGAUAAUGGAACUCUCAGGACUAAUAUGCAGUUCCAGAGGGAUGUUAUGCUCAUGUUUCAGAACGCUAUUAUGUAUAAUAAGUCGGAUAGCUUUGUUUAUAAGAUGGCGGUUUCUAUGCAGGAGGAGUGUCUUCAGAGCAUGCAGAUUCUGGUCGAAGCAACUGGUGAGGGGGCCUUCAGACGAGAGACUAGAACUGCAGCAAGCAGUAGCUGUGAGACCAGUGACAGCAGCAUAAUAAAACGCAAACGAAGCCUAGUGACUCCAAGCCCCCUCGACACUGAGACUCCAAGAAUGAAGAAACGAAGAAAAUCGGAGAACGAUUAGAUUAAGAAACUUUGAAGCCCAAGCUCAUUGUACAGAUUCAUUCGAUUCAUCUAGAUGACGAGACAACUCGCCUCUCCAUUAUUUUCUAUUGUUUUUUUAUUUGAAAAUGGCGGACACUGAGUGACGCAUUUAGUUAUGGUAAUAACCGUAAAAUUAUCAAGUUUUCAGUUUUCUUUUUGUAUAAAAAAAACAGUUAGAUUGUAAAAAGAGGUAUUUAUUGAGGGGAUUUGACGAUGAACCGUGGAUGGGGAGACUCGCAAGGAUUUAUUGCUGAGGACGAGGGAAAUUACGGUUCUGCUCAGGGACAGAGGAGUCCCCCCGAGUAUUCUGUGAGAUUUCACGUUGAGUCAAUUCAAUAAAAAUUAUUUCAUCGAAAGAACAAACUUCAUUGCCAAAGACUGAUGCAAUUAUUUUUAUUUAUACUUUCAUUUUCAACGAUAUUCUUUGCCAUCUCAUGGAGAACUCACAGGGGAAGUGAAGUAUUUACAUUUCGUGUACAUAACAAUUGAUAUUAAGGGUGAAGAGGGGACUUUCAGGGACCUCGGGAGCAAACAAAACUAUCAAAAUAUGGGGAAAACUUUGCAGCAUGAAUUCUCAGUCAAAAGGGGACGAAAAAAUUUGAAAGAUGGCUUGAAAAAUUUGUCCAAUUUGUAGAAAUUGAAUGAAGUGAAUUGAUGGGGGUCUGAAGAGAGUAGACAAUUUUAAGAAAUGUUUGAAAAUACUCGGUGGGACACCGCCCUCGUUAAAGAACCUUGCGGCAGAGGGAGGGGACAUUCAAGCAAGAUGGCGGUGUCUGCGAACAUCGACCACCUCGCAUUUUUGAACAUUUCUUAAAAUUAUUUAUGCUCUCCAGAGCACCUUCAACUCGAUCCUUCUAGUUCCUAAAAAAGAGAACAAAUUUUUCAAGCCAUCUUUCAAAUUUUUUUGUAGCCUUUUCGCUGAGAUUUCAUGGUGCAAUUUUUUUUAACCUGUUCAGUAGUAUUUCUCUCAUCAUGGAGAAGUAAAAAAGUGGAGUAUUUACAUUUUAUGGCUGUAAUAAGUGAUAUUAAGCGAAAAGAAGUGGAUUUAAAUUUCGUAUUUACCAAGUGAAGAUGGAUAAAGUGAAGAUGAAUUUUCAAUUAUUUUGUAAUUAUUCGAUUGGAAGGGUUGUUCUCAAUCGAAAAUACGCGACGAGGGGGAUCUGCAGUUCUGGGCUGAGGACGAG